GUAACGAUAGCAAACAAGACAUCAUCGUUGGCGAGACAACUGAAAGAUAAAAAUGACGCAUUCCCAUUUGGGCCAAGGGCAUUCGGAGAGAAUCCUGCUAUUUCUUGUCACUGGCGGUUGCUUUGUCUACUUGCUGCUGAUCACUGCUUCAGAAAGCGCCUACAAGACAUUCGUCACGACAUAUAGGUACAGGAAUUCAACGAAAACGGUUCCGUCAGGAGGAGGGAUUCAUAAGAUGAAUGGAAAGUUGACAUCGUUGAAAGGAGGAAUAAAUUGGCCAAAAACAGUAACACAGGGGACAACGAGCCCAAUAGGUAUUAACAAAUCGACACACGUCGAUUAUGAAAAGAAUAUAACGAACACAUUUCCGUUAGAUGGUGCUCUACAACUUAAAGGUAAAAUAGGGAAGAUACAUCGGGCCAGGGAAUUGUCACAAAAGCAUCGCGUGGUCUUUAUGGAUUUGCUAAGCAAGUUUCUACAGCUCGCCGAAGAGCUGAAGUUGAUUUACUUCAUAUACGGCGGAAGCUUACUGGGAAGCUGGCGUCAUCACGGUUUCAUCCCCUACGAUGAUGACCUUGAUAUUAUUGUCAACAAUUCCCAAAAGGCGGAGCUGUUGAAAGCAAUAACUAAGUUGAACCCAGAUUAUGUUGGCGGAGACGGGCGACCAGUUAUAAAAUUUUGGUCAAAGAACUCCACGGUUGCAAUAAAAGGUAUGCUGCACCAUUGGCCAUUUAUAGACAUUUCGUUUUUCAAAGAAACCAAGACAUACGUAUGGGACACAAUGAUACCAAAUGUAAAUCACAACAAAGUUGAUGUUUUCCCUUUACACAAGCGACCAUUCGAAGGCGUCAUGGUUAACGCGCCGCAAAAUUCGGCGAAAAUGUUGAAGCGGUUGUACGGUUCGCGAUCGGCUGCGAUCUGCAAGACCUUGCACUUCAGCCACAGAGAAGAGAAAGACAUAGGGAAAUCGCACGUCCACGAUAAGUUGUGUAGGACCUUUAGGGGCGUCUACCCUUUUGUUGAGCGGAGGUUCCUUAAGGGUGAAAUGGAGGAGAAACUGAUGCUGGGGGACAGGGUAGUUCACACGAAGAUGGUUGAUGAACCGAAGUACGGCUGGACGCCGAUAUAUUCUUACUAGGUAUAGGAAAACCAUGACGUUGCCAUCCACAAUCGGUGCAGUGAUGGUAGUGUGAUUAGGCGGAGCGGUCUGUUCGAGUUCAUCCUUGCAGCGCACAUGGAGGGAGAGGCUCAUUUUCCAAGUAUUGGCUGCGCCAGUGAGUUUGUUCAAGAGCUGGAGUUCUCGAAACUCCCGAAGGUAAUAGUUGGUCCCUGCUGCAUCAGCAAGCUAAAGAAAGCCAUAGCAGAGCUAGAGGUUGCCGGCCACACAGUCGGCGAGGAGAUUUCGCUGGACGCCGACAGGAGUUUUGAGAUUCGAGCCGGAUGCCCAGGUUGGCAACGGAAGAGGCUGGAUGCUUGGCUGUUUAUGGAGUUCCCUGUGUCAUCAAGGUUAGCCAAGGUUAUGGGCUUUGAAAUACAUAUUCUGUCUGUCGAAUUCACCGCCAAGAUGGUCAUCUGCCCGGACAAGAAGAAGUUGCUGAAGUCUACCUCAACGAUCAUUGAUGCAAUCGUAUUCUUUUCGUAUAUCUCGGAGCUUGCAACUGCUGCCAUGACAAGCGCAGCACUGGGAAACCGCUCGCAGUGGUUGUGGAUGGUAUGCGUGCUCCUAUACAGAUACUUCGCCCUGUCCGGAUCAUUCGCCUCAAAAACACGUUCGUCGAUCUUCGGGUCCUCCUGGUGGUCUUGAGGCGAAGAAGCUAUGAGCUGUGCACCGCCAUCUUGUACCUUGAAGUUGGGAUGGUGGUGUUCGCCUUCUUGAUUUUCGCCGUUGAGAUAGGCUCUGGAGUUCAAGACGGUGUGGGCCGUUGUGACCAUGAUCACGGUUGGCUACGGAGACAUGGUCCCACAUAGUGCUGGUGGGCAUGUUGUUGGUUUUCUGUGCGUAAUUUCUUGAGUGGUUAUCAUUGCGUUGUCCAUUCUAUUGUUACGGGCACUUUCAAAAUCUACAACGACGACGUGAACAUUGAGAUGGCAAAGUUGCAGAAGAAACUGCUGGAAGCUCUUGCUGUCUCCAAGCCUGGCAGCGCCACGCCAUUAGACGCCUCCACGACACAGAUAGGGCACCGAAAUAAAAGAAUAAUGGAAGAUGGCAGUUUAUGAGAGUUUGUGACUAUUGGCAACAUAUUCAUUCCUGGAAAGUGAAAACAGUGUAAAUAUAUUUUGUUUGUCAGAGUCGGCGCAACUUUUUGAUGUAGUCAUUGUGCGUUUUUAUUGACCACCCCAUGUAUGCAGGCUAGCUGGCUGAUGUAGGCACUUUUUUAGUUUGCCGAUCGAUCGAUAGCCUCCCAAUAGGCCUAUUGAUUUUUAAAAAGAAGAGAAUCGAAAAUACAUCCGCAUAUUGAUUUUACAUUUUAUCAUGAUAUUGGCCUGCAGCGGUUUCACUUGCUUUUGUAUCAAUUUCUCAUCGUGACACACUAUUGUUCGAUAAAGAAAGCGAAUGUAGCUCUCAAAAUUAAGCUUGAAUCUAGUAUCUCUCAUUCAAUACGCGAUUCAACGCACGAUUGUUUCAUUCAAAAUGAUGACAAAUAGAGAAUCGACAAUAGAGAGGUGGAUUUCUUCAUGGAGGGGAUAAAAUACAUGUGUUUUCAAAACGUGCCCGUUCCAUGAUAAAUUUAAUUCAAUUUAUUAGAUUUAUCGUCAGACAUUUGGUCUCACGGACAAGUGUUUCUCCGAAAAGCACUUUUUCGCCAAUUCCGCAAAAACCCUAACCCAAUAUUUUAAAGAGAUGACGCGUUGGCCAGUUUCUAUUCUGCAUUGCCCCCAACGACAUAUAUCUACGUGAAGAGGAGACUAAGCCAAGAUCGAUAUACAACGUGACAUGUAAAUGCUGUCACCUUUCCAGAGAAUUACUAAACAUGACCAUACUGAAGACGAGGAAAUGGCUAGAUCUGGUAGUUUUGGCAAGUUUGAAAGCGUUAUCACCAAUAUGGCCAUUCUUUCACCAGAUAUCGAUUCUCCAGACAUAGUAUCCCUCUUGGCUUGUGCUGUCAUGUGUUUACAAUCAAGCAAAAAAUGUUUGACGAUAAACAUUCUUAUUGACGAUGCACGUAUGGUUUGUCAGAUGAGUAAAAAGAAGGGCACGUGUAUGGAGAAAGAGGAGGCUUUUAUGAUUCAAGGCUCCCGGAUGUUUCAAAAGAAGGUAAAUGACAUUUCUUGACAUUCCAUUAUUAAAUCAACACUGUAUGGGGGUGAGGUGGAUGGUAUUGCGUCUAUCUCAAGUUUUGAAUUCCGUGGCUUGUGCAAUCGCGCUCAAAUAAUACCGUACCCAAACAAUGACACGCGACUGAUAUACGAUGUAGGUCGCGUCUGCCUAAAGGGAAAUUAUAUCACAGAACUAAGAUUUUGAUAAUAAAUUGGAACGGAUCCUAUUUUUUGAGAAGGGGCGUCUGUUGAAACAAUUCACGUCGAAGGGUGCCUUUUAAGGUUUUGGGAGCAGGUAUUGACAAAUGAGUUAACAUUGCAUUCCAAUGUCUUUCAAUGCCUCUCGAUAUAAAUUACAGAGUAUGACGAACAUAAUAUAUAAACAUCGUUCUACUGUACCGUUCAUACCACCACUUACGUGUAUACGGGCCAAUAGAGAGCGGUGGUAUUUCGAUGUGAAUUCCGGUCGAAUUGUUGUGAUAAAAGGUCAAACAACGACGCCUUAUGCCCAUCUUCUGAUAUACAGACUAAAUAAGAAAUCGUACAAAAUGAUUUACAAAAAUGAUAAGGUGUUUACAGAAAUAGAACGAGUACAUCCAACUGCAAACUAUAAGCACUUUAUCGCAUUUGGAAGAAGAAAUGAAAGGCAAAAUGAGAAGUUUUCGUACUUUGAUAUUACGCAAGGUACUUUCUCAGAUUUAAUUGAUAUUCCAAAAACAGAUAUUUGUUACAAGGAUGGAAUAAACCAAGUGCUAUGGAUUGGAUUUCUAUGUAAGAUAACUAUUUAUUGUCAAGUGCGAGGUCGUCUUACAGCAACAAUUUAUGACAUUGAAGAACAUAACCAAACUGGGGCCUUUCAUCUAACCCUAAAGAAUGGCAUGGACGUCUCUUUAUUGAAAGAGCCUCUUAUACAGUCGGGAGAUAUAUAUGAUCUGAGAAUGGUACUCAAGGGUCAAUCAAAGAUUGCUCCACCUAUUCCAAGUAUUUUGGCUUAUCGGAAAAAAUACAUGUACAAAAUUGACGUUUACUCGCUCAAACUUGUAAAAAACCUGCACGGCGGCUUUUUCAUAUUUAACCCCUGGUGCAGAGUGUUUUUUAUCAUUCGCGUGACUGGGCCGAUUGAUGAAAUUGCAGUGAAAGAGGUCUGUGAUCCAAAUGACGGCCUACUGAUGUCUGGUUCUAGUGCAUUGGCAUUUAAGGAACUGAGAGCUGCGUUUCAUCCCCCUAUUAACGACCCUGGUUCCCAUCAUUUAGGCUUUAACCCAAGGGAUGGUUCAUUUCUUCUUAUUAAUGGAAGAAAGACAGUUGACAAGGAAAGGCUGACGUCUGUUGACAUAUAUACAUGAUACAUGCCGCAGAAUAAUGUGGCUUCACACAGUGUAUACAGCUUUGAUCUAAGUCUUUUCCACUGAAACACUGGGCAUUGACCUCCACCAGGCGAUGGAUCCGGAUGAGAAGUUAUGGAUGGAUGACAUUGUUUUUAAAAACCAGGGAAACUAGCCUAGUUAUAAUAAAAUAUUGUACCAAUUUCCGUCAAAAGGUAUAGAGUUGUUGACAUUGAAAUGAGCCGAUUAUUCAGGAACAUUGUAUCAUAUUUUUUCGUAUCUUAUAGGUUUUAUCCAUUCUCAAAUACCGAUCAGUUCAGUUUCUUCCUUUCAUACCGCCGAUUAGACCAGUUGGAAAGAACGUGACCGUUUCCUUCACUCCCGGCCUUAAUUUGAUUCAUGUCAGUUCUAUAGACAGACCUGUGCCUUGGUUUAGGGAAGUUUUCUACAAGUUGGACACCAGUAAACAAACCUGCCGCGUACUAUAUAACUGUUCUACCUUUUUUAAAACCGACGGCGUCUUUUAUCAUUUCGUAGCUUCUCAUUAUAUUCUGUACUCUCCUCAUAAAAUCUCGGGUAGAUCAAGAGUUUUCGGUGAUAACGUGAGAGUUUACGAUAUCUUAUCCAGAAAGUCUGGCCGUUUAUAUAUUCCCUCAACAGAAAAAUGCACUAAACGUCAUAGGGAUGUCAACUGGGUGCACUCUGUUGACAUGAUCAUCUUAACAAUCUAUUGCCGAAUAAAGGGUUCUAAUCACAAGUUAACGUUGACCACUUACAAUGUACUAAAGAACUUAGAAAAUGAUGAACUGGCUUUCAGACUGAUACAGAAUGACACAGUUGUGAUUGAUGUCAGACCGACCGAAAAAGUACCAUAUCCAUUUUAUUUCGAAUCGGAUGUAAUGUUUACCUUCCUAACUGACUUAAACCAUGGCGUAAUAAAAUAUGUCAUCUUCCGCAACAUACAACAAGGACUGGCAACAAAAAUACAAUGUCCUCUCUCAGUUCCUCUGUCAAUUCAUGUUACAUUUCCUCUUAAUUAUUAUCUGGGAAUCUUGCUAGAAAUCUAUUAUUUACCACAGUUGCAAUUAAAAUUUCUAAAAAUUAAUUGUCAUACAAGGAAACCUUUGGUAUUUAGUACAAAAUGCGAAGCCCUGGGAAAAUUUCAGACAGAAUUUGUCAGAUUAAAUCGAUUAAAUAAGGAACUAUUACAUUUAGAUCAAGUGUUGGUUGACCAGCAAUGGAAUAUGUUGCUGAUACAUCGUUACAGAGACAAAAUGUGGAGGUAUGCGUACAACGGAGUUGAAAUGUACACUAAGUGAACGUACUCAGUGUACACGCUCGAUUAUUAUCGCACACACAGCAAUGAAUUCAAAAGGAUAUAAAUCAAACCUGUAUUUUUCUCAUCACAAGUUCAAAUGCGUGUGCCCAGCUCGUUAUCCUAAGACAACCUGCCUGUAUGAGAGUAUAUGUAACGGCUCGCAUGAAAUCAAGCACUUCCACUUAAGUCUUACAGGGAAUUUAAAGGCCCAGGUUUUCUCCAGGAAAAUCCGUCGUUCCAGUAUUAAUUUCAAUCACGGUGGAUACGGUUGCGAUUGCAUGAAGUUCUGGAAUUGUUAGGGCUGCGGCUGUCUUAUGCCUCAGCUGACAAAAAAUGGGGAAAAUUCACUUCACAAACCGGAAUUUUGAGAAUUAAUGUCGUAGUCCGCCUUUUCUGUCAAAAAGGGUAGGCAUUUAUACGUUGAUAGUCUCCCGCAUACGCCGUUCGUGGUAACACGUCUCCUCGUCGAAUAUUUCUGUCUUGUCGAGGCUGAAAGUGUGCUGGCGGUUCACUUUUGAAUAAAAAUUAGAGUAAAGCUUAAAUCAGCUGCACAGAGUAAGGCGCACUUGAGGAUCUGCACGCUAGUGUAUAUUUAGGGCCCGAAAUAAAAUCUGCCAGAUUGUUCUUUGGUCAUGAUCUCAACAAACGUAAUAUUUUUCACUUGAAAAUGACGGAAAUAGAUACAAAAUGCAGUAAUCAGUGUAAGUUAUUCAGGUGCCUAUUCCUACGCUUUUUAUUCUCCAUUUCGUGUUAAGAUUACACUUUCUUUGCUCACUUUUGAUUUAAAGAGAACCACCCCCUUUGAUCAGAUGAUGACUUUCCUUCGCUCACCAUGUGAUGGGAUCAAAAGCAAUAUUUUAACACACAAGCAAGCCAUCAGUUCAGCUAUGUACAUUAUCCUCUUAAAGGGGUGCAUUUUUAACUGAACUGGUGCCGAUACGAAUCGAAUAUUACCGCGUUAAUGGAAUCAGUUUGUCUUGAAUAAUGCAUUCAAUUUAAUUCAAUUCAUAGCCCAUGUAUUAUAACGUCAGACAACUUCAACUUGCCAGCAAGACGAAUAUUUGCUAUGAUUCUAAAGGAAGGAACUAGGCACAUAAAAGUGUUUUUAUUGUAACCGCGCUCCAAAUCUACUCCUCACUGAUUGAAGAGGAAUUGGAAAAAUGUCAACUGUCUUUCUUCCUACGUCCUACGAAUGGUAUCUUGUAAUUGGCGUUUGUAGACCCAGUGGCCCCGUUCUAUUAAAUGGGAAGGAUCAUUACACUGUGUCAAGUUAUCCUACCUGUGCGGCCAAGUAUAGCAUGUCUUAUCCUUGCUUGGCGCAUAUCUUGAAUGAAAAAGCUACCACUGAAGAAGGCCAUUGUCCCUUUAAGCUAAAUACAUCACAUACUUUGCUCUUGAUCAUUCUAUAUGAAUUCAAAGCAAUCAUUUUGUGCGUGGUCGAUAUCUCUUUGCCGCUCGUUAAACAAUCUGUGAUAUAUCACUUGCAGCUGGAUAGCAAUGCGAAAUGGCCCAUGCGAAAUCAGGCGUAGAAAAGAAAAGAGUAAAUCAUUGAGGUUCUUUACGUUUUUAGCUUGUUUCGUGUCAAUUUCCGGAACGACCUUUCAGCGAUAUUUUGGUUACCAACUGUUUACCAGCAUGUCUCCAUUAGGAUAGAAGUUUCCGUUUGGAAGCGUGGUUAUUUGAACUUUCUUGAAAAUGGAGAAGUCUGUCGCAACAAGGACUAAGAGUGCCCCGCAACAGAUUGCAAGGACGAAUAGUGAUCCAGUACCAAAUGAAACAGCUCGUAGUCGUGCUUACCAGUUGAAGAGCCAAUCGGCGACUUCCUUGAAGCACGCGCGGUCGACUGAGGAUUUCAGUAAGUCUCCACAGAGUACGCCCCGGCCGACAAGGAGGUGCUCUCUUCAAUACCAGUCUGUUCUAUUCCCCGACAAGAGAUUCCCUAACGGCAGCAGUUCUUCAAAUCUCGACAGGAAACAUCACGGAAGUACAACCACGUUGGGCAGCAAGGACAAGGGUUUCCACGGCAGUUUUCACAGCAUUUCAUUAAAGAAAGACAAAAGUCUCCAUGGGAGCCACACGAGCGUUAAGCACGUUGAUCGGUCCUAUUCCGAGCCCCGUAGUUCUAGUCAUGCGGACAAGAAACCUCACUUGUGGCACCCGCGGAAGGUAUCAUCGGUUGCAAAGCCAAAGUUUGGGCACAAACGGCACGGAAGCCACGCCGAGAAGAUUGCCAAGCUAAAGAGAGCCAAGGAGGACGAAGCACUGGAGAAGCUGAGGAAAAAGAGUUCGAUUAACGCAACGUGGCUCACCUCGUCACGGUACCCACUCCUUAACAUGUUUGGAAGUGUGGUGGCCAAGAAAUGCAAAAACUGUUGUUGCACGAUUUCUUAGUCUGACUUCAUGGUAACUUACCCGAAUAUUGUGUUGACGAGAGAGUUGAUCACUCGGGAAAUCACCCCAUGGCGAUUUUCGAAUGUGGAGAUACCUUUCUUGAGAAUGGUGCCUUACUUCAUUGGACAUGAGUAAUUUGCAAACAGUGUCUUAGGUAGUAUCAAAACGUGAGUGUGUUUAGAAUAUUUCUUACGUAAAAAGGAAGGAGGAGAACCUAGUGGCGUUGCUGGUCGUGUCAGUGCUUCUGGCAAGAUAAAAAAUUAAUCGGGUUUAAUACUAGUUUCUCCGAAGUACAAGAAGAAACGAAAAAGAUGGUUUGAGGAACGGAUGUGUUGGUAUAAUGGACAAUAUAUUUCGUGUUCUACUCUCAGGCUUUCCAGGUGAAGUGAGACAAAAUACCUUUCACCAUUUUGAUCGGGACAAUACCAAUGUCCUAGGUUGCAUGUUGUUCCAGAAAGGCGGCGUGAUAUUCUUUAGUGUGAUCAAUGGUGACAAAGCUACAUUAAACUGGUGGCGCGCUGUGGUGACGUCGAUCGUGUCCAAAACAAGGGACUCCAUGCACGCGAUUCCCGUUGCCACGGACGUCUAUACAGACGCCCGUGUUGUUGACAAUUUGGACUAAAACUCCGUACCUUGAUGUCAUCACGUAUUCCAAUUUUACUCUCUAGCUGUGAACGGCUUUGUGCAAUAUUGCCUUUUCAGUGCGCAAGUAAGGACCUAUCUCCAUAUACAUGCUUCUCAACGCCUAUCAAACAUACGUCAGUUGUUCGUGGACAGCGUGGCAUCGCUUGUUAGUGAUACUAUACGAGACGUAAACGCUUAUGUGGAGGAGAACCUUAAGUGUAUCAUAAACAUGUAGUGUAGGACUUCAAAAUCAUUAGGUGCGACAAACUGUAAAAGACUGUAAUAUCACGAUGACGUUCCGACUCGGUCUACUUCGUAGGACUACGAGAUCUGACAGGUUAAGUUCUUACAAUGGGGGACUUCUUCGGUUUGAGGAAAACAGAUGUAAACAAGAGGUUAUAGAUACAUAUCGACGUCUUUGUCCACUUGACAGCUGGGUUUGCCACCCUAAAGCCAUCAAUACCACGAUAAAUUAUCGCGAAUGAAUUUAAGUCUUUCUUAUGUUUUUUUCUGACUAUAAAAGUACAUUGACCCGCAAGUACAUUACUAUGAAGGCCGCGUUGAAUCUUAUUGCCUUCUUGGAGAUGUUAAAUACGUAGUACUUUUUGAAUUUGACAUGAUGGUAGGCGUUUUUGCUAGGUGCUUGAUAUAUAAUGUAGCUGGCCGGUCAAAAACACAAUUUAUUCAUUACCCUAAUGAGCACUACCUAAUUAAACUGGAUGUGCCAUUUACUUUAUGAUAAACAAUACAACCAGUCAAUAUCAAUGAUGAGCGAUAGGCAUUCAGUGGCCAGUGUAUCUAAAGUAUAUAAUACCGGUUUAGUAUUCAUAAAUUCGUUUAACAAGUGCCAACACGUCAUUACUUUUUAUAUAAUCUGAUCAUGAGCAAUGGCGCUUAAUAGUGCUUUUGAUUGAAAAUUAAUGAUACUGACCCGUUAUGAAAUAUCCCGUCAUUUUAUAAUGGCUAACUCGUGGCUUCAAUUGUUUAAGUGGAUAAUGGAAAAAGUAGUUGAAAAAGGACACAGACUUACAGAAUUUUGAAUUGACUCGAGCUACUACGGAAUAGUACAAAUUAGGCCUAAUAACGGUGUGUCUAAUCAGAAUAUGCGCGGGUUACUCCUCCAAAAACUACCAUGCACUAUAUAUCAAAACUUCCCUUCGUCAUUGCUUUUAUGCCAGACGCGUUCUAAACAUUUAGAGGAAAUAACCCCGUUUAGCACAAUUACCAACUAAAUACUAAUUUCUGCACAUGUGCCAGAAUAUAUUGUUUUUGACGUCCUAGUGUUUUGUAAGAGUUAUUCGAAGUCGGCAGUGGAGACCUCACAUCAUCAGACACGGUUAGGAUUACUGUCUACAUGGAGAUUAAUGUUCUUCCUGAGAAUCCCAUUAUGGAGCAAACGCCGCUCAAGAAUUGCCCGGUGGUCUAUGAGAUUCCAGGAGGGAUGUUGUAUGGGACGAGGAUUGACCUUCGUGUCCGACCAUCAGAGGACAUGAAGAGUUUUAGCAUCAGCCUCCAGAGGGAUAUCGUUGGUAACCCCAAAGCCGGUGUAGCCAUGAAAGUCCACUACGACAUUGAGAAGGAGGACGAAAUAUCCUGUAUUGCCUUGGUGGGAGAUGACUUCAUUGAGACGCCCGUUGCACCAGUCAAACGAGAGAUGUUUGAGGAUCGUUUCUUUGUUCUUAGCAUAUCUACAAUGCCGUUACAUUACAAGGUGUACGUUGACAGCAUCUUCCUAGCCGAGCAGCAGCACUACAUGGACGUACAAAGCGUGCUCUACAUUCGAAUUGACGGCGACCUCCUUGUCUACUGUGCCGAAGUAACGGACAAUUUCUCCAGUCAACACCUGCUGCCGGUGGGAAGAAGAGACGUUGAAGCAGCACCGCCGACGAAGCCCCCCCGGAGCAUUCCGGUGGGAAGCCCUCACGCUAAACCUAAGAAGAAAGACGCCACAAUGGAUAGUUUACCCAAAGAGUACCAAACAAUGAUGUAUGAGCUGGAAGAACAAAGCAGCAGAAUUGAUGAAGAGAUUAAACGGAUUUCUCAAAAGACUGUUCAGAAAACACAAACAAAGAAGGCAAAGCGUAAAGUUCCUGCGCCAAAGAUUGAGGAGUUGUCUGACGAGGAACCUGUGCGUAAGGAAAAGAAAAAGAAGGGACAAGAGCGGGGGCAGGGACAGGAGAAGGAUAAAACUCGGUUCGGGAAAUUUUUCCAGAAGCUUAAGAAACCACGAAAGUCUUUCCGGAAGGAUAAAGGCCAAGUUGGCCAGGGUCAGGCGUCAGCGAGUGGACAAGACUCUGAUAAUGCUUCCGAACUUUCCACCGACUUCGAAGCGUAUUUGAUGAUGACUGACUCUGAUGUCGACAGUCGCGAGAGUCCGACGGAGUUGUUGUAUGAGGUUGAGGAGCAGGAAAGGCGGCGGAAGGAGAGGCUACGAGAGGUCGAGGUCGAGGACGUGGGCGUGACGGCGACGUCGGUUUCCAUGGCCGGGAGCGCACCGAAAGACGACCACAGUUAUGACUCCGGUGGGGUUGACUCCUCUGGCGCAUGCUCCAAUGGGGACAUGGACUACGAAGCCGACAUCAAUGAUUCAAUGGAUAUCCCGUUCUCCUCAUUGGAAGAGCCGCGGGACCAGAUUAUAAGGAUCAGGGCCCCAGCAGCCAUGCCCGAGAAGACACGCCUCCGAAUAAGCACGCAGGUUGUGAAUGAGGCGGGGGAGAUCCUGAGCGAGAGCACGGAGGACAUGGAACCAAAGGGAACAUACGCUGGAGUUCAUCUCGAAAGGUGCAAGGCUGGUCACCCUGAGAGCCAGAAAUGCGCAUGCCCGUGUCAUGACAAGAAAUAUCACCUUAUUCAUCACCACGUGCACCAUCAUCUUGGCCAAGAUGACAAGAAAAUGAAACUGGAUGGCGGCGUAGAGGUUCCUCCGUACAGCUCCGAGGCACCACCUAGUUAUACGCCUUUAGCAGUUGAUAAUAGAGUGCAGGAAAACAUGGGCUUGUUGCGAAGGAGAGACCCCACAGCAAGCAGAUGGCGAUGGUGGUGCUGCCAGUGCUACAGUUACUGAUAUUAUACAGAAAGUCACGUUAAAUGUAUUUUUCGGUAUAAUUUCAGAAAUCGUUGUGCAAUGUCGACGGACAGGAUUACCAGGCAGUACGAAAUUGUGGUGCUUUUCCGUGAGUUCGGCCAGAGUUAUAUAGGGUUCACGUUGUCACUGGUCAUGAUUCACUUGUCACGAGUUAACUGAAUUAGGCUUGAAAACAUGACGUGGAGGUGAAAAGUGACCUCGUGAAUCGAAUGUAGCCCGCUCUUUGGAAAUGACUUAUUAGUUCUUAAUGUCACGGAUGAUAAGUGAACAGUGACACAUUGCAUAUGAAAACGUGAACUCUAUGUAACUGCAGCAUUAGCACUGUCUAACAGUCCCCAGUUGUGAUUCUCUGGUCAUCCUGAGUUCGACGUUGUAUGGUGGUACAACCAACACCGCGUGUUAUCAAAAAUCUCGCAGGGACCUUGUCCGGACUUUAACAUAUUCUUGUAAAUGUUUUAGAAUUCUCAAUUGAACAAUAUCUUACAGUCUAUUGUCGGAUAUAUAAUGAAAGCGAAAAAGGUAUACUCUUACGGUGAUGAGACCCUAAGGCUGGACGGCAUGCUAGCCGAUAUUUUCGACAUUACACGACUGGUACUGAAUUUUGUAUCAUUCUGCACUUGGUAGUCGACAAGAAAGAUCGAAUAUCACAUGCAUCGCUAUCCUUGACAACACGAGACAUUAUAAGUUAUCGCUUGAACUGCACCCGCUAAGUUAUUUUCGAUUAUUGUACUUCAUCAAUCCAAUGGGAAUGAUUCUCUUAAAAAGUUUUCUCUUUUGUUUUUACUUUCAAGGAUGUCGUAUUAAGAAUUCUGUUUUUUGUUCGCCGUAUUGUUUACGAUAUACGAUAUUGGUUUACUACUAGUUAAAAUUCUGCUGUCAAUAAAACAGGCAGUGUACUGGCGUCUGCAGACCUACAUACACCAUUGAACUCGAAUGGUGCUACUAUAUGCAUUAAGGACCUCCAUGUAUCACUGGUAUAAAGCCUUAAGAGGAGUGUCUCGAGAUAAUAACCGGCCGGUACCUAAUGUAGUUAACUGCGUUCCUAUAUAGAGGACGGUUCUAAAAUGUAUUAAACAGGUAGCUGCCAUAUAAAAGGUGUGGGUUGGGACGAGGCUGGCUUUUGCCAGUAAGAUAUUUUUGAAUUCAGAGCUCCUGCCAUUUUGGCCAGUUUAUUCAAAAUUACAAGAGUUUGAAAAGGCAGUUUUCAAUGAAAAGUUGAUACAUUUAUCAUGAAGUUUCAUGAAAGCCAUAUGCCCACUUAGGGUUUAUGAGAUGGUCUAUUUGUCGGAGAAAUUAGGUGGGAAAGAUUUGUAACUGAAAAUUUGCUUCAUUAAUAAUGCAUAAAUGUACUAUGUGAUAGACAGUUUGAGGUAUGAUUGGCAUGUGGUAAGGCUAAAUAUGGACAUUGUAAACAAAAGCAUGUGACUGUUGUGCAGGAAAAUUAGUCCCCUGAAAAAGCAUGCAAAAUAUCCCCAAAAAAAUGUGGAAAGGGGCCUACUUUUCAUUGGGGGUAGUCCAGAUGUAUUCCAUGAUUUAUAUUCCACCAAAACAUGUUAUUAUUCACCUAUUUAUAUUAUUCACCUUUAUGUUCAAUGUUAUGAAAUAUCCACUUCAAUCAUGUUAAUCCACUUGCUUUGCAUCACAUAAAACUAGUGUACUCCUUCACUGAAUUCAACACAAAAAAAGUCAAAUCUAAAUCUAAAUCCACAAUAAAUGAUUGUUUAAUCCAUAGAAGAAUUAAUGCCAAUGAUGGCCAACAUAGGGAAUUCCUGGAGGGUUCGGAUACAGUCCCCUAACCAAUGUGAUAACACAAUCAGGGAUAAUUUCCCGGUCACUGGUACAGCUCCAAACAGUCUCAUCUUCACCCAUAUUUUGCAAACUCCUCUGCUUUUUUUGAAGAUAGCGAUAAUCCAUCCAUGCAGCCCUGUCCUUCAGCAUCUUCCAAUACCUCUUAUAAAAACCCUUUCUCAAAGUAUUGUUUUUUUUCUUCGCUGCUUGACCAGCACCCAACCAUCUGGGACGUUUGGUGGUGACACAAGGACGACAGUAACAGAGUGUACACUCUUCACUGGCAAGGUCCGGCAGAAUAAAUCCAUUCUCUCUUUCUUCAUCGUGUCCACCUUGAUUUACAGGGUCCAAGGGAGCCACAUUGUUCCCAGCAUCGCUGUCAUGAUCGUCUGAGCUAUCCUCCAUGUUAGGUCCAUCAACUGCAGAUGAUGAUGAUGGCACAGGUUCAACAGCAUCCUGGACUGAUUCAGUUCUGAUACAUUGUAUCCCUUUAUCCACCAUUUGUGGUUCUGCUUCCACUAAGUCCAUCCCAUGAAAAGUGAA